AUGUGGGGCGCUGUUUCGAAUCACCGCCGAUAUUUGGCAGCUAAAGAGGUUUCUCUUAUUUUCGUCAUAGGUUUCGUCAUGAAUUCGUUCGGAGUCUUGGCCGUGCAUCGCCCCAUCAGCAAAGCUGUCGGACGUGUACACCGGCAAUUCUUUCGUUAUUACUUCUCUCAGGAUACGUCAGCCUGGAGGAGGAGUGAUCCCAAGACCACGGCGGAGGGACGGCGCGGGCCCGCGCCCGCGCACUGUCUGGAGCCAGGGAGGCUGGGAAAAAGGCCCCGUGCGGUGCAGGAGGGGAGACAACACACAGACACAGUUUAUCUCCUCCUCCUCCUCCUCCUCCUCCUUCUCCCCCUCCUCCUCCUCCUCCUCCUCCUCCUCCUCGUCCUC